AUGACAUUAAUAUUUAAUCAACGUUUAAUAUCCUGUAGUUUAUCAUCAUCAUCAUCAUUGAUGAUUUAUCGAUACUUUUGGAAUUCAUUAAAUAUUGUUUGGAACAAAUAUGAUCGGAAACGUGUACAAGAAGUAGGACCUGAUCGUGCUUGUGCUGAAUGGUUAUUACGAUGUAGUGGUUCAGUACGUUUUAAAAAUUGGGGUACAUUUAUAUCAAAUUAUAAUGCAAUACCAAUUGGUGCUCCUAGUCAAUUUAAAAUAGAAGAAAUUCGAGCUAUAAAUGCAUGUAUUACAUCUGAAGGUUUUGCAUAUUUAGAUGGACUUACUGAUUUAAAGAAAAUUCAUUUAGAAAAAUGUAAUCAAAUUAAUGAUAGUUCUAUGGCUCGAUGUAAUAAAGUAAAAGAUACAUUAGAAUCUAUAGCACUUAUUGAUUUAGUUCAAAUAAGUGAAAAUGGUCUUGCUUAUUUAGCUGGAUUAACUAAUUUAAAACAUGUUAUUUUGGCUCGUUUGCCAAGCGUAAAGCAUCGAGAAGUAGUACUCAAAUUAUUACAAAAUGAAUUACCUCGAUGUACUAUUAAUUAUGAUAAUGAAUAUCCUCCAUCGAGGGAACUGAAAGAAAAAUGA